GAAACUACUACUUUAUGAAAGAUUACAUGAUACGGUGCGAUUAUUUUUUUAUCUAUGUCUUUCUGUUGCGCUUUAGUUAAUCAGCUUCUCUGCACUAGGAUCUACUAAUCUAAUCUGACAUAAAGGAUCAAGCUUAUCCAUUCGAGCAUGUUGACCCUGUGCUACUUUAUUCAUCCCUCUCCUGUGGAACCACUUGAAGCUCUACAGUUUGCAGAUCUCCUGUUUUGUCAUGCAAGAGCUAGGACAUAGCUGUAUUAGGCUGGACCAGUACACAAUCUGUUGGGUGAGUGUAAUGAGUUGCCUUCUGCUGGCUUUUCUCUAUGUGGGUAGCUUAUAUGUCUGCUGGAGUACCUUACCAAGGUAUGCAACUCAUUAUCAGCUUUGCAGUCAGUGUUGUUCAAGUAGCCUGUUAAUGAAAGUGUGUGUCUUAAAGGGACCAUCCAAGAGUGAUAAAGCGUCGCUCUGUGAGUGUAGCUCUGGUGUCUGCAGUGUCUCCUGCGUUUGUGAAGCUAUGGAUGCACUGGGCUGAUAUCACAGUUGAAGAGUCCUUGUGGGAGCUGAUGGGAGUUCGUUUGAAAGGUUUCAUUCCUGCAUCUGUUCUGCCUUUGCUAUUGAUUACGUUUUUUUAUCUGGGGCCCCUGGUUCAGUCUGCUUUGGACAAUCCUGACGGGUUCUCUGGGGAACUUCACUCUGCUCUGGGUAUUUAUAAGAUGUGCAGAGUUGGAGGAUGUGCGUCCAAGACGCAGCGUGGCUCAGGAACCAGGUGGUGGCGCCAGUGACGGAGGAGCUGGUGUUCAGAGGGGCCAUGCUGCCUAUGUUGGUGCCUUGCACUGGAGCCACAGCUGUUAUCUUCAUUGCGCCUCUGUUAUUUGGUGUUGGUAUGACAGGAAACUUCGGCGCCACAAUGACAUCAUACUCUACUAAAGCACGACAAAAUGCACCAGUUGACCUGCAGGAGUUUUGCUGUUCCUGUUACAAUGUUUGCAAACUUUAUUUCAAUUUUACUGUCGUUCUAGCCCAUCUUCACCACAUCAUAGAGCAGCUUCAGCUGGGAAAGGACAAUGUGAGAGCCAUCUUUCUGGGGGCAGGGAUUCAGUUUUUGUACACAACUGUGUUUGGUGUCUUUGCUGCUUUUAUUUUCCUGAGAACUGGUCAUAUUGUGGGUCCAGUUUUGUGCCAUUCAUUCUGCAACAGCCAGGGUCUCCCUGACAUUGGUUCCGCUCUGAGCCGCCCUCAGCGUUCAGCCGUGCUGAUCUGCUAUCUGACUGGAGUCCUGCUGUUUCUGGUGAUGCUCUUCCCCUUCACAGACCCCUUCCUCUAUGGAGCCAGACCUGUCUGCAGCCUCGCCGCCUCUCAAGCAUUGGAAUGCUGAUUGAGAAAAUGUCAAAUUCUCAAGGAAGUCAUGAAAAAUAAAAUGUUGAGACAGAUUUUAACUUUAGUAUAAUUUUUUUCAGUCAUGAUUGGGACUUUUCUGAAGUGCGUGCAGGAUUUUUGCGGGUGGACAAGGCAGGAGAAAGAUCCCAGUGCUUCAGACAUUUCCUGCAUGGUUCAAAAAUAUUUCCUACUGUAUGAAACUUAACACCAGCACAAAACUCCCUGGCUACAACAAAGUAGCAGAAGUGUGCAUGAGUGCAAGCAUAGAAAACCAGAUGAAAUAUGGUGGUGAAGAAGGAAAAAAAAGCAGGCAAUAGAGGACAUGAUCACAAAGAAAGACGCGGAGGCAGGCAAAACAUGCAGACAUCUCUGCCAAUAAAUACACCAACAGAACCCAAUUGGAGAGAGACAGCUAUUUAAAAUCAUGUUUUUAAAUCAGACAAGGCAAUGAAUGCCAGAGGAAGACUUAAACAGAGAAGAGUGGAAAACAAGUGGCUUCAGCCAGGAGCAAUAAGAGCAACGCCAGCAGAUGAGGAGACACAAAAAGAAAAGGUGGAGUGAGGGAGCGCAGGGAUAAAAAUUGUUCUUCCCCGGGGAAAUUGAAAAUUUGGAGUAGCAGAGCAGAGGAAAAGGGAAAGGUCAUGCAGGGUAUGUUGAAAUGUCUGGGAGGUGAAAGGUUGUGUUGAAGCUCCAGAUUUAUGAGGUAGGUUUAUAAGUAAUAAAAACUUUGCGACAUAAAAUUGGGCAAACAUAAUAAAUUCACAUGUAUGUCUCUUUCCUGUUCUCCA